AGAACAACUUGCUUUUAAUUAUUAUGGCAGCCGAGGCAAUAGCUGAAAUCACAGAUGGAAAAUUUAAAUUGAAUAUUGGCAAUUUGACUGCUGUACUCCACAACCUGAAAUGUCAAGAUUUGGCAAUCGUUUCCAUGGCUGGAGCUUAUCGAACGGGGAAAUCAUUUAUGCUGAACUUUUUCAUACGGUAUCUUCGCAAUGAAGGGUGGGAAAACAAAAACUGGUUUGGACCUGAAGAUAUGAAAAUACAAGAUGACUUUGAAUGGAGAGAUGGAUCAAACCCUCAUACUUUGGGAAUUUUUGUUUGGCCUGAGAUAUUUUAUGUUGAAAAAGAUGGAAAACAGGUUGGAGUUCUGAUUGUGAACACCCAAGGAUUAUUUGACGAUAGAAGUUCACCUGACACAAAUAUUAACAUCAUGGCAAUCAGCACUCUUUUAUCCUCUCACCAAAUUCUCAAUUUUCUGAGAAAUGUGCGGGGAACAGACUUGGAACAUUUGCAGCUUGCAUUAGAAUAUGCACUCGCUGCUUCUCAUAAAUUCCAAAUGAAAGAUAAGUCAUUCCAGAAACUUACUUUCUUGGUUCGAGAUUGGCCACUUCCUCGUGAACAUGAGUUUGGACAUGGUGGAGAUGCAUAUGUCAACCAAGUUUUGAAAGAAACAGAUUCAAAUCAACCAGAAAGUGUUACGCAAGUGAAAAAAUCUAUUUAUCAGGGAUUCGAGCAUGUAAAUGGAUUCUUGAUGUCUAAACCAAGACCAAUUAAUGGAUGGAAAAGUUCUCGAGAUAUUCGAAAUUCAGACAUUACAGGAAAGUUUCGAGAUCAUAUCAUUACGUUGGCUGAUUCAAUUUUAAAUCCGAAAAAUCUUGUUGUGAAGAAAAUGUUUGGGCAGCCUAUCUCAGCAAACGGCCUGAUAAACCUCAUAAGUGAAUUCAGCAAUUGGAUUCAGUCAGGAAAGCAACCUAAAAUUGAGACAUGUCUAGAGGGCACCAUAAAGGCGAACAAUGCAACCGCUCUGCAGGACGCUGUGACAAAAUAUCGUUGUAGUUUGAAAGAGCUUAUUGGUUCUUCAUUUCCUUCUGAAGAGGAACUCCAUGGACAUCAUAAAAAUGCACUCAGAGAAGCAGAAAAAGUAUUUCGUAGCAUGGCAAGAUUAGGAUCUGAAAGUAAAAAUGAGAAUGUUUGGAAUCGUGUGAAAGAAGAAUGUGAAAUGUAUAACGAGAAUAUGGAAGAGGAAUUUAGAUUAAGAAAGGUGGCAAAAAUUGAGAAACUUCGCAUAAAAUCAGAAGAGGUGGAAAAAGAGUAUGAAAAUAAAAUGAACAAGUUGCUUACGAAUGUUUCGUUGAAAAUACUUGAAGUUAAACACAUGCAAUACUACCAUGAGGCGCUUCAUGAGUAUGAACGUUAUACUAUCGGUUCGGAAGCCCUUGCACAGGAUGGAGAUUAUAUAAUUGAGCAGUUAAAGACAAGAAUGAGAGCAUUUUUCAAACAAUUGAAGCAACAACGAGAGAUAUUGGAAAACAAAAAACAAAUAGCAAAGGAAAAAGAACAAUUCGAAAUGCAAAAAGCUGCUCGUGAUUACUCAAAUGACCAACAGCAAAAGAUGGCAAAGGAAUUAAGUAUAAAAAGUCUGCAAAUCAGUAAGGAAAUGGGAAGAAAUGACUUUAUUCAAAAAAUGAAACCGUACGAGAAUACAUACGAGGAGAACUUCCAAACAAUCUGCCGCGGAAAAAUGCUGGAAGUUUUGGAAGAAUUCGAUGAAGAAACGAAAGAUCUAGAUUCUUUGGAAGAGAAAAUAUUGGAGGCAAGAAUCGAUUUGGAGAAAACAAUACAAGAAGUACUGAAUAGAGGAAUUCAAAGAAACAACGAAAACAGGGAACUGAAUGGAACCAGAGUGGGCGAUGCAGUCCAAGCGAUUGUUUUGAAGUAUCGAGGGGCAUUGAAUGAGCUGAUGCUGAAAGCUUACGUGGAGACCGGUGGUUUUGAAGUGGUUGAGCAACGUUACAUUGAAGAAAUUGACGCCCAAGUCGGUAAUGAGGCAAUCAAAGAAUUAAUAAAGGAAGAAAUAAGAAAGGAAACUGAGAAGGCCAAAUCCAAGAAUGAGAAGGAUAAAGAUUACAAGUCUGUUACAGCAGAUGAAAAUACAGUUGCGAAUUAUUUAGCGAUAGGAGUGAUAACCAUCACUUUUCCCGUCUGGGUUCCACUGGGUUUGAUUGGAUUAGUGGUAGCUGGAGUUGUAUCAGGGGUGGUCAAGCUUAAAGAUUUCAUCAAGAGUAAGAUGAGAUCCAGAAAAUAGUUCAAAUAAAGAGGAAUUAUCUCGAUUUGUAUCAUAUUUUAGAUUUGCCAUUAAUGCCCAGUACUGGGUCAUUUUGCUGAUGUAAAUUCUGCAUGCAAAUUUGUUUGCUUGACUAACAUGUUGACUAAUUUUUCAAAUAAAUUUGAAGAGCUGAUUUUAAGAUCUACUAAGGAUAAACUAAAUUUUAAUCCAAGACCAACUGUCUAGGAAUACAAUUAUUGAAAUUUUGUGCACACUUUCUGAUCCCUCAUAUUACAGUGGCUUGUCCCACCUUUCUUGUAAGUUGACAAAAUCUUGUAUAUUUUAUUACACUGAUUGACAUAUAUUAUAAACUUUGUUGUAACUAUGUAUAUAUGCAAAAAUG